AUGAGCUUGAAAGAAGUAUUCGAACAACAUCCAUGGAGGUCAUUUAAGAAGUUCAAUGAAGCUGCAAAGAGUUGGGGAUUUACUAACAGAGCUGAAGUGAAAAGGUUCUUUGACAAAAAUGUUGUACAUCAAACAAAAAUAAACCCUUACGACUACUUUUUACCAAUUUACUCCAACACUCCUGACGCAUACCAAUUUGACACUCUCAUUCAAAGCAGAAAAGGAGGACAUAAACCAUUCCUCAUCUUCAUUAAUGUUAACACUCGUAAAGCAUAUGCAUAUCCAAUGAAAAAUAAAGGAACUCGUGAAGUGUUAAGAGUUUUACAAAAGUUUGUAGCAGAACAUAGCCCAAGUACUUUAACAUCAGACCAAGACAGUGCAUACCUCAGCAAUGAAAUCACAGAAUUUCUCAUUAAGCAUAACAUAACUCACUACACUACUGAAGACCAUAACCAUAACAUACUCGGCAUCAUAAACCGCUUCAUAAGAACGCUCAGAGAUUUAAACCAAGAGCGAGACUUUACCGAAGAAACAAUGAAACAUUUUCUCGAA